CAAUAACUUCAACUUUCCCAGAAACCUUCAACCUGGAACCGUAAAUUACAACUAAUUGUUUUUAACUUUUCACCAAGGGAAUGUUGAAUUUUGAAACAAACAAAUUUUCACUCAUCACUGAUACAGAAGAGCCACUACAGUCGAAUUUCACUCGUUGCACUAAGCUCUUAGCCCAAUUUGUGAAAGACUUUCACUCGUUGGGCUGAACUGUCAAAGUCGAAAAUCGAUCGAGGGUCACACCGAUUGUUUGUUGUUAUGGGAAACGCAAAAAAGUUUUCACACCACUGACGUUUAUUUCAUUCGUGGUUGAGUUUCGUUCUAGGUUGGAUUAAUUGGCUCAAAAUGGAUGGUUUGCAAGGAUCCAGUACGAACGUUAACCGGAAACGGAGGAGCAAUUUCCUGACGCUGGUGGAGAAGGUUCGCAUAAUUAAAGAUUUUGAAGCAGGAUGUGGUACGCAUGACUUUCUUGGGAAGAAGUACGGCGUAGGAUCUUCUACGGUCACGAGAAUAAUCCAAAAGAAAGAAGCAAUUCGUGAGGCGGUGGACAAGUUCAAGGAAUAUGGUGUAAAUAAUCGAAAAACAUUGAAAGAGCAGACGUUCCCUUUGCUGGAAGAAGCUCUUUACAUCUGGAUUUUACAGCAGCGGCAGUCCAACAUUUUGUUGACAGUGGAUAUUCUUAAAGCAAAGGCGGAGCUGCUGUUUAAGAUGUUCCAGGACCGGGGGCUCUAUGCGGUGCACGGUUUUUCUGCUUCGGAUGGCUGGAUGCAUCGUUUUAAGCAGCGGUUUGGAUUGCGCGUGAAAGCCGUAACAGGAGAAAAGGCAUCGGUAAACGUUGAAGCGUACCUAAAUUUCAAGAAGGUUCUACAGAAGAAGAUUCAGGAAAUGCAGCUAUCACUAUCCCAAGUCUUUAAUGCAGAUGAAUCUGCCUUGUUCAUCAAGCUCCUAGCCACACGCUCUGUCGUUACCUGUGAUGAGACCGUGGCAAGCGGACGGAAGCAAAACAAGACAAGGUAUACGUUUAUGCCUUGCUCCAACAUAGAUGGUUCCCUAAAGCUUCCGUUGUAUUUCAUUUGCACUGCUGCAAAACCACGAGGAAUCAACAUCGAAGAACUUCCCGUUUCAUAUAAUCAUUCCAAAAAGGCUUGGAUGACCAGACUGUUGUUCCGUCAAUGGUUCCACGAAGAGUUUGUCCCCGCUGUUCGAAAAUUUUCGGCCGAGAGAGGAUUGGAGCCAAAGGCAUUGCUGGUUCAUGAUAAUUGCACCAGUCAUUAUGACGUUGACGAAUCUCUACAGAGUGACGAUGGACUGAUUCAAGUGAUCUACCUCCCACCAAAUGUAACUGCUGAAUGCCAGCCGAUGGACCAAUCGGUCAUCAAUGCAAUCAAGCGAAAGUAUAAAAGAAAACUGAUGCUCGCAUUAAUUCUGGAAAACGAACACUUAAGUUUCGAAGAACGAUUGAAGAAGAUUAAUCUUCAACAGUGUAUUUCGUGGUUGGCAACCUCUUGGGAGGAGAUAUCUGACAAAACUAUACGUAAUUCGUGGAAGAAAUUGAUCGAUGGUUUGCCGGAGGAUGCUGUUAAUGUAGACUCGAAAGCGGCCGAUGAUGACUUCAAAGCGCUUGUGUCCAGGAUUGACAGUUUGGCAGGAACAAAAACAUCUGAGCAAGAUAUUGAUCUGUGGAUCAAAGAUCAGGUGUAUGAUGGUGAUCAUAAUCCAGAUUGGGUAACCAGUGAAGUGUUCUCUGAUGACGAGAUUUUGUCAUCAGUUCUCAAGAAAGAUCAACCUGAAAUGCAAGAAGAAUGGUUGGUAGACACAGAAGAUGGAAGUAAUUCGUUUGAUACUUCCAUUACUAGUACCGGAGAUCCUGAUUUUGGCGAUGCAAUCAAGUCAAUUGAUUGCCUAGUUCGCUAUAUGAAGCAUGAUGUUGCAGAAGUAUGCCGUUUGAACGCGCUACGUUCGAAAAUCACUGAAGUUGAAUGGCUAAAACGAGCAUGUUGAAGAACUCUACCAUUUUGUUGAAAAUGAAUUUACGUGGUUUGUUUAAUUUUGUUUGAAACGUUUAAAAUAAAUAUUGUUUUUGUUGAAUAA